AUGAGUGCCCCAGGCGGUGGAGCAACAGCCGACGGGGGGAAGGAGGACCCGGAUGAUGAGGAGCUGGAAGUCAAGGUUGAUGGCGUCUCUUUUACCCUAGCAACAGUCGGGACAAUCUCUAUGAAGACAAGAAGAAGUGAUGAAUUUUGGACAGGAACAAGAACAGGAAGCAGUCUGAUACUGAUUAUUUCUUUACUGAGAACAGUUUUAUUUUUAUACAUACAUAUACUUGAUAGUCUAUCACUCGGUCCUCUAGCUCUUCUUUUUAGAAGGUACAAGUUGGCUGAACGGCCUCGCAUCCAUUUGGCCACAUGGUUUUCUCUGGGCCUAGCUCCCUCUAAUGAGCCGAACCCCCUGCAACGUGCCGAGGCGAAAAUUUCCUUGAACCGCCAGAGGAAGAAGCUCCCGGUCCAGGAGACGUUACCGAUAAAAGUUCUUGAUGCCCACGGAAACAAAAUUAGUACUAUCUUUAUUAGUAUUGCCUUAGUACUAUAGCAAUAGCACUUUCCAUUGAUUAUUACAAAUCUGAGUUGUAGAGUUAGGGUAGCUCUGGGCCUAAUGCUUUUAGACUGUAAAGUAGGAGCUAAGUUUUAGGGUCCCUUGUAACAGACACUUCGGUCCCGAUCUGUUCGGCACUGAAUAUUAGUGGCAAUCCUAGCCCAGAUCGAGAAUCUUGCUCGACUAUCUUUCUCUUUAAAUCUCACUCCUAGUGCUUCUUUCUCCUUUUAUCGACGACAAUAAUCAUACCUAUAGGUGCUUCAGCGACAGACCUGCGAGAUUCAACGAUGACCGUGGACAUAGAGAAGAUCCAAAAGCGCUGCCUCGGUCUAACUCAGCCAAGUUUCAUAAGCUACGAAAGAAAAGACGGGGUGAGUCUAAUGGUGAAGAAAGUGAAAGACUUCGGUAAAAAAAAGUAAAUGUAGUAUAGAGUUAUACUAAGACCUAGAAGAACUUCUUGGACUACGAUCACAGUGUACGUGUAACUACUGAACCAUCACACAUAACAUAGUGUGUUGUAGUGGUCUUUUAUACUCCUGGGGUUGUCGGUGCAUUCAUUCAUUCAUAGAGAGGAAAUGCAUAGGCUUCUAUGAUGAUCCUCUUCAUCUGGAUACUAUGCAUCUUAGCGUGUCACUACAUUUUCAUACUUCGCGAGUAAAGACGGAGUUUGAGUUGCGAUUGCAGAGUAACAGUCCGUCCAAGGGAGGCAGUCCAGGAGCGCGGUCAGCAGCGGCAAUAGGAGGUAUGGUUGGAACUGGACGAAUUCUCAAAAAUGAGGCUCAGGCUGAAAACCAUAGCCACAAGACUUUAAGGCUGCCACUGCUUACUGCAUGAAAGGAGUACAUAGGCGCGACGAAGUGGCAGUCUUCUUAAAGUAUACUUUCAAGGCAUAACGCCUUCUAUUUUCAUUUGCAACGCUGACGACGGGGACAGUACUUCAAGACCUGGAACUGCGCCAGUGAAUUUUUUGAGAAAAAACCGCGACAACGUGACGCAGAGUCGCCUGUCGGAGCGGCAGAAGGUUUUCGAUAAACUCCAAGAAGAAAGACGCAUGAAAGAAGCAAGGGUACUGGGAGCAUGUGAUCUAGGAUUGAUGAUAGAGGACGACGUAUAGCCUUCAUGAUCUUCGUCUGUUUUCCCUACAAGUUGAGGCAAGUUGAAGUUGGGUUUGUAGAAUAUUUAUAAAGCUUUCUAGAAGUGCUAUCCCAGUAUUGUUAAACGAGAAGGAGUUGAUCGAGAAGGUGAAGGAUCGCAUCUAUGGCCACACUUCUCAACAUCAUACAGAUCGCUGGAAAUCUCCUGUCGGCGAGACGAGAGAGAGCGCAGGCCGUGCUGGGGUCUGGCGUAUCGUAUUUGAACAAGGUAAAGCACCUUCAGGCAGAGGGAAAAUUGCUAGCGCAAGGCGUCACUCCUUAUGGUCAGAUAGAAUAGAAUAGAGGGGGGGCGAAACGCGGUAGCCCGACUCGUGCAGGCGUGACCGUGUCACUACUCACUAGAUUAAGUUUCUUUGAAAAUUCUCAGUCCUGCUGUGAGUUGUACUAGGAGCUUUCAUUUAUCGGGUGGAAUGCGAUCAAGCGGCUCGGGUGGAAAAGGUGGCGUAGUGAUUGGGCAAGAGGGCGAUGCUCAGCGUGUAGCGGAACAUUAAGGCCUCCCCGAAUCCAUCUCCCGAAGCAUCUUUGGAUGGCUGUUGCAUACGGGGAAAAGAACGGCUGGCGCAAGAUGAGUCUCGGGAUGGAUCGGGGGCAGCUCUAAGAGCAGCCUCUUACAGAAGCAUGGCGGCAACAAAAAUGGUACGCGUUCCUACUCGCGCAGUCUUUUAUGGACAAUUCAUUGAGGUCAGAGCAGGAGAUGACUGAAUAGCAACAAUUGACUGAGGCAGAGGUCGCAGCCGACCACUAGCACCACUUGACCCUUCUGAUCAUAUAAUUGUAGUACUCUGAGUUUCUCAAGCCGUACCCGUACAAUACCCACAGCUGCUACGUGAAGUUCCCCUUUGUUUCGGUUUUGUCUAUUAGUCAGGAUAGACGUGAUAGAUGUUGAAAGUAAGACACCAAUAUCAAUGGCAUUUAUGUCCCCACUUUGUGGAGGAUGGAAAUGAGCUGGGUCGCAUCCUUCUUCAUUGGUUUUGCGAGCAUAACGCACCGUCUGCUGAUCUACAAUUAAGGCUACGGUUACAGAUAGUGCGCUUUUGGGUGCAUCUUGUUGAGUCAAAGCACUACUUGAAGGACCUCGCUCAAGAUAGUGGAUAAAUCAGGAUGAAUGGGCUUCAACAUUUCGCGUUCUUACAAGAUGAAAAAGCAAGACUCGGCCCCGCUAGGUCUACUAGAAUGGGCGGCGCUGCUCCCUUACAUUCAGCCAGAAGCAGAACGAAGAAGAUGAGGCAUUUGGAACCACAUUCAUAAGUAUCUCCUAGCACAUACGAGAUCCCUCAUGAGAAGAAUUUUCUGCUAAGGCAUCCUCUAAUCAAAGUCACCGGAUGCGCGGCGGCGGUAUAACGAAGGAAAGUGGAUGUUUGUCGUAAGGAUAUGGCGCUUUACGAGAAAGCUCAAGUCUGCAGUAUACGUCACACGCAUGUUUCGAUUCGUAUUUCUAUCGAUUAUGUUUGGGCUUGUAAUCGCCUAGACCACGAUCAUGCUCGUGCUGUGGCUCUUUUGCUAUGUCUUCUCCCUCUGCUCAAGCAAGUUGUCUUUGCUUCAACAGAAGAUAGAAUCAUCUCAAUGCCUUCGGUUUUAGUUUUUACUCUGGCUGCAACUACGUUCAACUUCAAAACACUCCUCAUCCUCAACACCCAGCUCUUCCGAAUAUUGCGGGUGCGAUACAAGCUGCUUGCACUUCCUAGACAGAAGAAGAAGGAUGCGACGCGAGUAUUGCGGUUUCUAGAAAGAACGACGCCAGCUGUGCCAAUCAUCAAGGGGGUGAGCAACUUCUUCGCAACGGUGAAGAAAAUACAAACCACAUGAUACGGCUAAAAGUAAUGACUUAGGAACCACUAGAAGGAGCAAUAGUAGACCUAGACGCAAAUAACGUAAGUAAUAAUAAGUGGUGCCAGCGUCGAAGUCGAACAGGGUGGGCAGAGUGGUAAGUGCUGUCUUCUAGAAGUUCUUGUCCGACAUAGAGUGGUAGAACAGGAGCAGCCGCUGCCAAUUAUCUUGCAGUCUAUGUAUUGGAGAACUUUCUCUCUCUUGCUCUAAUCUGAGCGAGCACACUGGGCGAAGUUGAAAAAGCACGUUGUGCGUGGCAGCGAGCAAUUCGAGAAAGUUGAGAUGGAAACUUUAAGGGAGCUCUUUUCCUACGUGCAAAUAGAACGACCCGUAGUUUUUGCACCACAAGGAGCGACGCUACUCGGAAAAAAGGAUCCGAAAAUGAGUACUACUAGUCUUGAUAUUGGCGCCACUGGUAGCGAUGUUUUGUUUCCCUCCAGGCAGGUGGAGGCACUACGACUACGUAUACAGGUCUCAGAUUUUUCUCUCACUCAGGUUAUAAGCUGUAGCUGUAGAUCUAGAUCAUCUAGAUGGGACACAAAAAAUUUCAAUUUAUCAGUUGUUGGAACCAAGUUGCUGAAGGAGCGAGAACUUUUUGUCGCAGAAUACGCCAUGCCAGUUGCUGUGCGGGAUGCUUUUGUUUAAGGCCUUGAACUUGAUCAUAAUCAACAAGCAAGUCUGAUACUAAAUACUUCUUAGCCUCCAAAUCAAGGAAAAUAGGGCAGGCACUGAGGAAGAAGUGCCAUCGCACAAAGGAAUAGCAGCGACCCCUCUAAGACACGACGGCCGAGCUGGCUGAGCGGGCUUUUUUACGGGCAAAGCGGAAGGAGAAGGAGCGCGCAGCACUAGCUAGCGGUCUGGGAUUCGUUUAUGAGCAAUUUGAUACAGAACUUCGUUGAAUUUGAAAUUGCGAUAGGUGAAGAUCAUCAACUACGUCAUCCUUCUAGCAACUUGCUCCUUCUUUGGAAUUGCGAUAGGUGAAGAUCAUCAACUACGUCAUCUUUCUACCUCGCGCUCACCUAGAUGGGUCUGAGUAUGUACUAAACGCUACUUAAAGAUGACUCCCAAUGCCAAGAGCGUAACACGUUUUACAGCAGGACCUUCAAAAAAUUAGACUUCGUCACUUCCUACCUCUUUUGUAAGCGCAGCCGUUCCCCCUUCAUAUGGGCAAGGAGUACACAUCCUUCUGGAGGCCUACCUUCGAUGUGCCCUUUCUGGAGUUAUUGCGAGGGUAUGUAGGCGUUGAGCACGGCGCGCCAUUAGUUGAGCGCGAGGAAGCACCCCCAAAGGAACCAGAGGCGCCAUCGCCUUCAAAAGCUAUGGCGUUCUAGAAUGUGAGUGAUGUGAUGGAGGGAACUCGUGCGAAUCCAUGCACUCAGCUAUCGCCUAAGACUACUUUCCAGGUUAGAAUGGUGAAACCCAAUAGAAGAAGGAGAAGCUAGCUUAUCAUAUAUGAUUAGGCACAUCAAAAAAGUGAGGACCCGCGCGCGAAGCGCUAUUCUUUGGUAGUUCGCUGGGCGAGAACCUCAAGUUCGCGGCUGGGAUGUUUUUUAGCCUUGAGGCUAUCCCACAGCGAGGGGUCGUUUUUUAGAUGAAGUACUUCCUCAGCUUUCUUCUAAGGCCAACAAGAAAAACAAAGAGGCGCCAGCAUCUUCUCCCAAGGCAUCUAGGGGAGGCAGUUCUUCCAGCAGCAAGCCGGGUGUUAUGGAACAGAGACCAGAGUGAAGAUCAGACUGCUCAAAGUAUUUAGCUUUACACUGAAAUGAAUGCGACACACCCACAAGUCCAGGGUGUUGAGUGUUUUUACAGGCAAGCGACUGCGCGUUCUCUACCAUCCUUUAGAGAGGAAGCACUGCACUAGAGGAAGUCUAGCCUUGCUUUUGCAUCGAUUUCGUCGAUGUCGAUAAGAUAACAAACUCAAAAACGCGCUGUCUAAUCUCAGCGGUAAGGAGAAAAAGCAAAAGGGAGGAGCCGCUGCAGCAAACGCAGCAAGUGCGAAACAAGGAGAGAGCACUACAGAAUGUUAGGGCUUUUUGAAGAGUCUUAAUACUAAUUUGCCUUGGACGGGUUGCACGCAGUCCGUGUCCGUGACAACAAAAAUCGCAUGUCUUUUUUUUCGUUGGUCAUGACUGGCAUCGGCUCAACAAUGUAGGUGAAGGUGAACACUGUAAUAUUAAAGAAUUUCAAAAUACAUUGAACAAGCAACCCACCAGUAAAGUUUCAUUUUCAAAACUCCCCACCAGCAAGCCCUAAGAACAGCGAGAGGAAGACGGAGGCGGUGACACGAGAGAGCCACCGUGUUCAUUUCGUUUUACGCGUGCGGAAAUGGAAGCAAUGGUGGUGGCAUGCCAUAAGGCAAUGGGCCUCCUGCCGGAUGUAAAAAUUAUGGACAGAAGCUAGUUCUAGUGUUAGAAAUAGUUGCGGCCGUCGUAGCGCCAGUAUGAUGUAAUGCUAACGCAGUGGCACAAGAGUAUCAUCUGGCAGAAUAGAGUGUAGCUGUACGCGACGAGGGGUUUUGGAGGGGAAAAACACUCCACAAGCUGAAGAAGCUGCUGACAUCAACGAUGCGUUUGGCGCUGUAAAUGAGGUGACGGCGAGACAGAGGCGCCAUUAUCUGAUGAGGCAAGGGUAAGGGUAGUGAAUACCUCUAACAAUACGAAGCUCCGCGACGAAAUCGAUCACGAUCCAAAUGUUAUGGCUUCUGAAUCUCAUGGAGGUAAAAAGUCCAAGAGUGCUUCCUUGUAGUACAUUGUCCAGAUACAUAGUGGAACUAGAAGCCAGUGGCCCCCUCAUAGGUGAUAGUAGAACUAGAAGCCAGACGUGGUCCGCGGUUGGACAAGAUCAAAGUGAUGGGAGUACGAGUAAGGGCAACAAAGCAUCAUGAUCAGAGUAGACGGAGAUCAGUAAGUCUCGAGGGCAGGGGGAGGAAGGAGAUUCUAACGCAGGCUUUCAGACGGAGAACAGCGUAGAGUUCCGCGAUCGAUAUUUCAACAUUCGAAAACAAGGAACAGGUAACUUCUCACCGACUGACAACGAACACUCAUGCUUUUUAGGUUCUUCUUCUGCACGUAGAAUGAGGCACUAGGUAGAUGCUGAUGUAUACCUCGAGGUGUCUUGAGUACUUGAUCGAUGCUGAUGAAGAUGAUACAUGCAUACAGCUGACUACUUACACCUCAAACGCGUUGCGUCUCAGAUUGUCGCAGUUGCCGGGAGCGAUUAAGGCGGCGGGAGCAGUAUUGGCUGUCAAGAGGAAAAAACGGGAUCGGAGGUGAAGAGGAGGGGUCUGAGAAAGUUUCGCAAGACGUCGUGACCACGGAUUUUAUUAAGGCUUCGUCGCACUAUGGUUUCUCCAGGGUAUGAUAAUUAUUACGCGGCGGAGCUAUUGACGCAAAACUUAAUCGAAAAAGUACUUACUUACACAAAUGAGGGGAAUCAACAUAAUUGCCAGUCCGUAUUAAAUGAAUUCCCUCACCAUAUAGCGGAAGAAGAAGCGCUGCUUGUGUAUCGUGAUCCUUUGUAGUCCUACGAAGGACAUGGGCGGUCGGAUCGAUGCUCGCAAUCUUGUUUUCUAGUACCCAGAGGCACUUCUCUUAGUCACAGAGACCACAGACUAGCUUAGCCCUAGGCCCGUAGGCUCUAACUUUCUCGACGGUGCUGGAGACGCAAGCGACGAACCUAGUGAAGACGCAGCGCGAUCGAUGCUGCCGGUCUUGUAGUCAGCAGUUGGCUUGGAGAAUGGGAGUUACUUAGGAGGAAUUGGCUCGGCCGUUGGGUCAGAAGAAUCACAAAAAGCUGGUGCGAGGGGUAAUUUUGUGCUGGCAAGAGCACGCAUGUUGGAAUUUAUCGCCGCGGCUAGCACAACAAGUGUCUCAUAGCGCACUUAUCUAAGAAGUAUUUGGUUGUUUCAGUUUCCUGUUAGUACCCUGUUGUACAAUUUUGUCCCUCUCUUCAAGAACAUGAUCAAUCUUGUUGUAUACGUUGUAUUCUGGCGGUUUGUUUUUUCGGCUGGUAGACAGAGGUAGACUUUGGAAGUAGAAUAUCUAAACCAAGUUAAAAGUUAGCGAGUGUCACUGUCUGAGAGACAUUUAGGAGAACUAGAAGAAGCAUUUUGCAGUACUACGUAUGGAAUUGGACGAACUGAUCGAAACCCAAUGAAGGCAUGAUGGACCCAGGAUCCCAAACUCCCCUCAAGAACUUGAACUACUCCAUUCCAAAUAUUUCCUCCUAACGGGUUUGAAUCAGCGACCCUUGCAUACUUGCACUGGAA